CUGUGUAAGAGAAAAUCAUUUUAGCUGUUUUCUCAAAGUGAAAAGUAAUCCCUCCUGGGAGAAUGCCAGUACCUGCUGCAUCAUGAGGUGAAUGACUCUGGCAAUGAAUAUCAGUGCUUGGCUUUGUCUUGAGCCAGAUCACCCCUCCUGCAAACAAACAUUGCCACACUGCAAUGCUGGGUUUGAACUUCACACUUAGGAGAUGCCAGGGAGCUUUCCUUCCUGCAGGGCUUCUGUCUGCAUGGGGAGCCUGGACGUGGUGCUGGGUUGAAUCCAUCCUGCAAAGCAGUGCUGGGGCUGAGUAGGACGCAGGCGGAGAUGGCCCACACGUGCCGUGGCACCAUCAACCUGUCGACGGCUCACAUCGACACCGAGGACUCGUGCAACAUCGUGCUGUCCAACGGGGGCAGGACGUACCACCUGAAGGCCAGCUCGGAAGUGGAGAGGCAGCGCUGGGUCACGGCGCUGGAGCUGGCCAAGGCGAAAGCCAUCCGCAUGAGGAACAACCAGUCAGAUGACUCGGGUGACGAGGAGCCCGCCUCACAGUCAGACAAGAGCGAGCUGCACAGCACGCUGAAAACCCUCUCGAGUAAGCUGGAGGACCUGAGCACUUGCAAUGACCUGAUCGCCAAGCACGGGGCGGCCCUGCAGCGCUCGCUUAGCGAGCUGGAGAACCUGAAACUGCCAGCUGAGAGCGGCGAGAAGAUCAAGGCUGUGAAUGAACGAGCCACGCUCUUCCGCAUCACCUCCAAUGCUAUGAUCAACGCUUGCCGCGAUUUCCUGGACUUAGCGGAAACUCACAGCCGAAAAUGGCAGCGUGCGCUGCAGUAUGAGCGGGAGCAGAGGAUCCGGCUGGAGGAGACCAUCGAGCAGCUAGCCAAGCAGCACAACAGCUUGGAGAGAGCCUGCCGCGGGGCCCCGGGCAGCACGGGCAGCGCCGGCACCGCCAAGGGGAGCGUGCAGUCUGCCAAAGGAGAGGCCAGUGAUGAAGAUGAAGAGACGGAGUAUUUUGAUGCCAUGGAGGAUGCACCAGCUUUUAUCACUGUAACCGCAGACCCCAGGCACCACAGGCGUUCGGGCAGUAACCUGAGCGGGGCCAGCGAGGGCCACCCUGAGGACUGGAACCUGGAGGACAGCGUAUUUGAAAGCUCAAAUCAAAGCAGCUACAAUGAGUCCUGCAAAGAUCUCCUGCCGAAGAAAAGGAGACGGAGCCGCAUCCCCGACAAACCCAACUACAGCCUUAACCUCUGGAGCAUCAUGAAGAACUGCAUUGGCAAAGAGCUCUCCAAGAUCCCCAUGCCUGUGAACUUCAAUGAGCCGCUCUCCAUGCUGCAGCGGCUGACGGAGGACCUGGAGUACCACGAGCUGCUGGACAAAGCAGUUAAGUGUGAGAGCUCCACAGAGCAGAUGUGUUUCGUGGCUGCCUUUUCGGUGUCUUCCUACUCGACGACGGUGCACCGCACAGCCAAGCCGUUCAACCCGCUGCUGGGGGAGACCUAUGAGCUUGACCGGCUGGAGGAGCUGGGCUUCCGUUCCCUGUGCGAGCAGGUGAGCCACCACCCCCCAGCAGCCGCCCACCACGUCUUCUCCAAGCGAGGCUGGACGCUGUGGCAGGAGAUCACCAUCGCCAGCAAAUUCAGGGGCAAAUACCUCUCCAUCAUGCCUCUGGGUGCCAUCCACCUCGAGUUUCACUCCAGUGGGAAUCACUACGUCUGGAGGAAAGUCACCUCCACCGUUCACAACAUCAUCGUGGGCAAGCUCUGGAUCGACCAGUCUGGUGAAAUAGAGAUUGUUAACCAUAAGUCAAAAGAUAAAUGCCAGCUGAAAUUUACCCCCUACAGCUACUUCUCCAGGGAUGUCCCCCGAAAGGUGACGGGAGUGGUGAGCGAUGCUGAUGGCAAAGCUCACUAUGUCAUGUCGGGCACGUGGGACGAGAAGAUGGAGUGCUCCAAGAUCGUGCAGAGCAGCCAUGGCAGCGCCGGCUCCGAGGGCAAACAGAAAACCGUCUACCAGACGCUGUCCCCAAAGGUCUUGUGGAAGAAGUACCCCCUCCCGGAGAACGCCGAGAACAUGUACUUCUUCUCCAGCCUGGCCCUCACCCUGAAUGAGCCCGAGGAGCGCGUGGCCCCCACGGACAGCCGGCUGCGCCCCGACCAGCGGCUGAUGGAGAGCGGCCGCUGGGACGAGGCCAAUGUGGAGAAGCAGCGGCUGGAGGAGAAGCAGAGGGCCGUGCGCCGCAGGAGGGAGGCUGAGGCUGUGGAAGCCCUGGAGGAAGGCAAGGACUACGAGGGCUACAUCCCGCUGUGGUUUGAGCGGAAGGUGGAUCCCGUGACGGGAGAGCUGAUCUGCGCCUACAAAGGCGGCUACUGGGAGGCCAAGGACAGGCAGGACUGGAGCUCGUGCCCCGAUAUCUUCUGAGCUGCCUCCCUCGCUCCGGCGUGGCCGGCCCCGGGCUCCCUGCAGCAGGACAGACAGACGGAAGGACAGCGAGGGCACGCGGGCAGCGUCCUGCCAGCGGUCGACGGUGCAAAUGAACACACACACGCGGCGGCGUCCAUGCAGGCAGAAGUUUGACAAAGAGAAUCUAACCAGGGAUUCCAGACCUAUUUUUUUAAUGCACUAACAAAUAGCAUCUUUUUUUUUUAAAAAAAAAAAAAAAAACAAAAAAAGAAUGGUGGCUUUUCCAGCUAGAGGAAAGAGGACACGUGGCUCUGGUUCGUUUUUAGCCUAGGAUAUUUAUUGCUGUCAGGAGCUGCUGCCUGUCUCCUCCAGCGCCUCGGCUGUAACGGCUGAGACGUCGACUUCCAAAGAUGCUCGCGUCGUGGGGAUGCCGUGCGUUUUGUGUGAGCUCUUUUCUUCGGGCAUCUUUUUCCCCAUUUGUCAGGAGAAAAAAAGAAAGAAAGAAAGAAAAAGUUCUGCUCCUCUCCCGGUUCGGAUACCUUCAAAAUCAAACAAAACCAGCUUUGAAUCCUGCCCGGAAAACAGCGGGGGUUCCUGCAGCCGUCCCCGUGACGCCCAGCAGGACGUCUCAGCUUGGUGAGCUGUGUUUGUCCCACGCCUGUGGUGCUGCUGCUCCGGGUACGGAGAGGGAGGACCCAGGAGGUGACAUCCCACCACAACAGGGGGAACCAGAAACCUGCACACCCGUGUUUGCUUCCCCCGUUCCGUUUUUCUCCGGGUCUUUAUCACACCGUGCUGAGUGCUCCCCGCCAUGGACUGCCACGUCCCCAUCGGAAGAUAAUUAGCAAUAAUGAACUUGGAGGCCGUGGGAACUGCGAAGCCCUUGGAACACUUAUGCAAUCAGGUUCCUCCGCCGUCGGUCUCCUCGUGGUCGGCUUCUCUUCCAGCGCCUCCGUCCCCGCUGCCUGCAGCAAACCUGUGUGUACAGUAUAUAUAGACCUCGUGUGGCAUAACAGUAGUGAGUGGCUCUUGGAGUGGCAACACCCACUGAUCUCAGCGUACCCCUGAAUCUUAUUUAUUUGCUUCUAAUUUAUACAUAUACAUAUAUAUAUAUAUAUAAAUAUAUAUAGAAUUAUUUUGCGUAAAUUUCUAUGGUACGCAGUAGAUGAAAAAAAUGAUGAAGACAGAAGCGUCUGUCUGAGUUUUUGUAGCUUCCCUGGGCCCGUCCCCAGGCAGGGUGUGGAGGGGUGGUGGUGAUUCAUUCCCCAAGCAGAGAAGUGAGGACGUUUUGCUCCGAAGCUCUGCAGGCUGCUGUGUUAGCUGCUUGGAUGCAGCCGGCUCGAGCUGUGCCACAUCCAGCCCCAGGGCACACAGCUCUGCGUUGGAGACGCUCCCUCCUGAAUAAUGCCUUAUUUUCCUCUCUUUUUUUUUUUUUUUUUUUUGUUUGUUGUCAGUGCGAGAGAGCUGGGAAAGGUGAGCAGCCCCUGCACCCAGACUGUCCCAGAGCUGGAGCCCGGUGUCCCCAGGACGCGGGGUGACAUUGCUCAGGGAGUGCUGGCUCCACGUCCUGCAGCUGGGGCACGACGGGCUCCUAUCCUCUGUCCCCCCCCCCCCCACGCUGUGUCUCUCCCAGAAUCACCAUCACGGACACUGCACGGCUCUGCAGAGCCUGGGGAGUGUGAGGAGCCCCCCAGCAUCACAGAUCCCCCCAUUUUUUUAGGCUAAUUUUAAAACUUGCGGUAUCUUCCAAAGAUCACCUAGCGGCGACGCUUAACUCUGAGCACCAUCUCCUGGUCUUUCUAUUCCCCCCUUCUCCCCCCCCCCCACCAAAGGAUUUUAAUGUCAUUCUACUGUAAAUGCUGUUGAAUGUAUUUCUUUUCGAGCAAUAUAUUGUGAGUGACCCCUCUGCUCCUACACGGUAAUAAACCUUGGAUUCGGGAGUUUUA